AGACGAUCAUUUUGGUAGCGCUCGCUACUAGCCUUUUAGUGUAAAGCCAGCGAACGAUGAGUGAUUUCAUUAAAAAGCGCCGUGAGAAAUCACAUAAACGCAAGAUGCUGCUUGCCCAAACCUUCGGUGUGUCGACCGUGGAGGACCUUAAGCAGGUGCUCGGCACGGAGGAUGAGUCACCAAUCAACAAAUCGCAGCGUUACGAGGACGAGGAAGCCACCAGAUCUUCCAAAAAGUCUCCUAGCGAAGGCCUGGUGUAUCGGGAUUCAUCAACGUUUCUCAAGGGCACACAAUCGUCCAAUCCGCACAAUGACUACUGCCAACACUUUGUGGACACUGGCCAACGGCCGCAGAACUUUAUUCGCGACGUCGGACUCGCGGACCGGUUCGAAGAGUACCCGAAGCUGCGCGAACUGAUACGACUGAAGGACGAGUUGAUCGCAGAAACGGCCACUCCGCCGAUGUAUCUGCGUGCCGAUCUGAAGACGUUUGAUCUUAAAAAUCUCGGUACAAAGUUUGACGUAAUUCUCAUCGAGCCACCGCUGGAAGAGUACGCACGUGGCGGAGCGGCGGUGGCGGCGGGUGCGCCACGUAACUUUUGGUCGUGGGAUGAAAUCCUCGCACUCGACAUCGGAGAAGUGGCCGCCCACCGGAGCUUCGUGUUUCUUUGGUGUGGCAGCUCGGAGGGCCUGGACAUGGGGCGUAACUGUCUGCGCAAAUGGGGAUUCCGGCGGUGCGAGGACAUCUGCUGGAUACGCACCAACAACGAGUCGCCCGGCCAUUCGAAAAUACUCGAGCCGAAGGCGGUGUUUCAGCGCACGAAAGAACACUGUCUGAUGGGCAUCAAGGGAACGGUGCGCCGCUCGACCGACGGCGACUUUAUUCACGCGAACGUCGACAUCGAUCUGAUCAUCUCGGAGGAGGCGGACUUCGGUAGUCUCGAGAAGCCGAUCGAAAUCUUUCACAUCAUCGAGCACUUUUGCCUCGGGCGGCGCCGGCUGCACAUUUUCGGCCGCGAUUCAACGAUACGGCCCGGCUGGGUCACGAUCGGCCCGGAACUCACGAACUCGAACUUUAACAGCGAGCUUUACGCGAACGCGUUCGAAGAAAACCCCACGACGGGCUGUACCGAACGGAUCGAGGCUUUGCGGCCAAAAAGCCCACCCCCGAACGGCAAGGUGAUGCGCGGUCGAGGGCGAGGCUUUCCCCGCAUUCGAGGAAGAAGCCGGCUAUAGGGCUAUCGGGGUCGGGCAAGUGGUGCCGCUCACGCGGGAUGAUGUACU